GUCGCGCGCGGUGGCAUCGCCGUAGUUAUCUCAUCUCUCACGGGCGGUUUAGUAAGGCUCCACAUCGCCUCCCCUCUAAUUUAUUCUAGCCUUGUUCCUCAGAGUCCAAGCAACCCCCUCUCUCUCUCUCUCCGAUCGCUCUCGGCCAAUUCGUUUCCUUCGGGCGAUUAUUGCUCUGGAGAUCCGGGCUGGUGUACGCGUUCCAUUGGAGUGAUUUAGUCUCGGGCGUUUUGGUACGGGGGAAGGGAUUGAUCUGGUGGUGCUGCGGUGGGGAGCAGAGCGAACGGAAGGGGAGGUGGCGGAGAUGACGUCGGGAACGAGGACGCCGACGUGGAGAGAACGGGAGAACAACAAGCGGCGGGAGCGGCGGCGGCGGGCCAUCGCCGCGAAGAUGUACUCCGGCCUCCGGUUGUACGGCAACUACAAGCUCCCCAAGCACUGCGACAACAACGCCGUCCUCAGGGCCCUCUGCGAGGAGGCCGGAUGGACCGUCGAAGAGGACGGCACCACCUACCGCAAGGGAUGCAAGCCAGCAGAAGGCAGAGAUGUUGUUGGACCCUCGGCUUCGCCAAGCCCUCGUUCAUCAUCCCACCAGCCAAGUCCUUGUAUCUCAUACAACCCAAGCCCGGCCUCGUCGACCUUGGCAAGUCCUGAGUCCUCGACCUUGGUCACAAACACCAAGAAUACAGCUAGCGGCACCGAAGGCAAUUCUCUUGUUCCAUGGUUAAAGAGCCUCUCACCGGCCUCAUCCUCCACCUCUUCCAAAAUACCGAACAUCCACCAUCUAUACAUUCAUGGAGGAUCGAUAAGUGCCCCGGUAACGCCUCCACUGAGCUCCCCCACUGCUCGUUCCCCACGUAUCAAGACUGUUUGGGAUGAUCCAAACUUCCAGCCACCUUGGGCUGGCUCCAACCACAAUUUCUUCCCUUCUUCCAUGCCACCAAGCCCUGGUCGUCAGGUGACUCCUGAUGCUGCAUGGCUUGCUGGCUUACUGCUUCCAUCUGGUGGUCCUUCAUCACCCACCUUCAGCCUUGUAUCACCAAAUCCUUUUGGCUUGUACAAGGAAGCCAGUGGCUCCAGAAUGUGGACUCCAGGGCAGAGCGGGACAUGCUCUCCUGUGCCCGGUGGCCACAGCCAUGGUAAUGUUCAGAUGUCUGAUGUUGGUUCAGAUGAAUUUGCAUUUGGCAGCAGCAGUAACCACAUUCCUACAACAGUUGGGUUGGUGAAGCCAUGGGAGGGGGAGAGGAUUCAUGAGGAAUGUGUAUCGGAUGAGCUGGAGCUCACUCUUGGAAGUUCAAACACCAGAUCUGUUGCCUGAUGGAUAGCUCAAUGAAUCAUCACCACUCUACUUCCUGUUUUUGUUUUUGUUUUAUUAAUCUGAUUGGGGUUCCUAUGUUGGUUCGAGGAGUUAGGUUUUAAUUUCUAGUUUUCAGCCUUAAGCCUCUCUUAAGAAACCAGCACAUUUGAUCUUUCUUUCAAGUUGUGUCUUGGUCAUGUUAUAUAGAGUUUGUGCAGGAAGCAAAAAAAAAGGAAAAAAAGGGCUAAACAUAUAUGUAAUAGAACUGAUUAGUAAAAUGCUCAUCAUUUGUUUCUUCAAAA